UGCGUCUGCCGGCCACACGAGGGGUUUGCAAAAGUCGCGGGGGGAGAAGAGAAGAAGAAAAGGGAACAAGAGAGCGGAGAAGAGAAGAGGAGGUAGAGAGAAUAGAAGUGAAGUCAAGUGAAGUGAAGAGAAGAGAGAAGAGAAGAGGAGCGGCAAUGGCCUCGCGACAAACGAAUGGCUCAAAACGCAACAAGGUGGAAGCAGAAGCAGAAAGCAAGAAGCAAAGAAGCAAGAAGCAGAAUGAGAAGCACGGCAAUGAGGCCUGCACAGAAACCCGUUGGCGGCAAGUUCAGCGCUUCUCUUCUGCUUUGCCUGUCUGAUCCGAUGGGACGGAGAAAGGAGGAGGAAUACAAUACAAAGAUGGUGGAUGGAUACGAGGCACCGCAGCAAAAGGAGGUUAGGAGGCCAGUGGCGCCCCGUAGCUGCGGCUGGCGGCCGGGUACUCUGUACUUGGGCGCGUGGCCAGAUGGCAGUGGGCAGGCCAGGUACUGGGCACGGCGGGAGCAGAGCGCUCGACCUAACCCAAGGUGGUGGCUUGUCCUUUAGACUUCAAGGUACAAAAGGCUAAUCUCAUCUAAUAACAUCAAUGAUCCAUCAAGUUCGAGCACGUACAGUGCAGUGCAGUACGAGUUGCAUGCAAGCCCCGGCG